UUUAUACCAACAUAGCAGUUGUAUAACCCAUGUGACUGGCACACAAAAUAACCAGAGCUCGACGAGUGGUCGUUCUUCAAACCAACGCAAUGGUUCUCAUUGGGGUCUUCACCUUGCUGUUCACCUUGCAACACCUUAACGCCCUGCCUGUCAUCGACGCCCCGUGGGGUGUAGUUGAGGGGACCACAAACGUCACAGAGGACUGGACUUCUUACCAUGCAUUCUUAGGAAUUCCCUUCGCUGUUCCGCCUUCAGGGAGUAGACGGUUCAAGCGACCACAGCCACAUCCUGGGUUUAAUCACACCUUCAAAGCAAACAAGUAUGGUUCAGCAUGCCCUCAGAUUCUCAAUUUUUUGGGCUUUGAUGGUGUCACUGGGGACGAGGAUUGCUUAACAUUGAAUGUAUUCACUCCAGCCUCAAUUACGGAAACCAGGAACAUUCCUGUAAUUGUCUGGAUACAUGGAGGGGGAUUCGUUUUCGGGGAUGCUUUCACCUAUGACCCUUCACUGAUCGUUGCCCAUGGUCAGGUAAUAGUGGUGACCAUCCAAUAUCGCUUGGGACCGCUUGGGUUCCUCAGCACAGAGGACCACGUGUCAGCGGGAAACUAUGGCCUCUGGGACCAACAUCUUGCUCUGCAAUGGGUUAAGAAAAACAUUGCAUCUUUUGGCGGGGACAUCAACAGCAUUACCCUCAUGGGAGAAUCAGCAGGAUCCGCUAGUGUGGCAUUCCAGGCCUUGUACUCAGGGUCCAAGGGUUUGUUUCAGAGGACAAUCAUGCAGAGCGGGUCUGCGUCGUCCUCAUGGGCUCACACAAGGAACUCUCUGAAAUAUGCACGACAACUGGCUCAUAAAGUAAACUGUUCCUCCCAGAGCGAUUCCACAUCCAUGAUCGCCUGUCUGAGGACUGUCCCAGCCUUGAUGCUGACUGCAGCAUCUUGGCCAAUGUCAACUGUACCUGCCACGUCAUUAGUCGAUUCUUAUUUUGUACCGACUGUUGAUGGGGUGUUUGUCAAAGACGACCCGCUGGUUCUGAUGAACUCCUCAAGUUACCUGGAACAGGUAGGACUUCAGAAUCUGGACUGCAUGGUGUCAGUUGUUAGCAAUGAAGGAGCGAUCUUCAGGACUAUUGCAGGAGCAACUGAUAAAAAGCUGCACUCAUCAUUAUCCUCACCUGUUCAAAACAUGACAUUCUACAAGAACACCUUCAUUCCAGAUCUUCUGCAAGUAUAUUUUGGAGCAUCUUCUUCUGACAUGACACAGGCCGUGGCUAAGGCGUAUGCCCCCUCUCAAAGCCAUACCGUUAACAUUCAAGAAGAAAUGAACACUCUUGGUGAUGCUGGAAUGGUUGCCCCCGUGACAGUCUUUGCGAGGGCACAUUCAAAACUAACCAGCAGCUUGAAAACGGUGAAGAAGACCUACAUGUACGUGUUCGACCACACCCCAUCCUUUUUUCGCCGCCAAGGCAAGGGGAUGGAUCACGCUCAAGACCUCCUGUACACUUUUGGUCUCAACAAAGCCUACCUCGCCUUUUUGGCAAAAUCGUACCCCAACAGUAUAACAGAUCCAGACCAGGCCGAUGAGAAGCUUGCCCAAACAUUGAUGGGACUGCUGACAGAUUUCGCAAGAUAUGGUGAUCCCAACAACGCUGUACAGUAUGGCCUGCACCAGACUUGGCCUCAGUUCUCGGAGCCAGGGGAACACUAUCUACUGCUGAAUACCACAAUGUCCGUCGGAUCCAAGCCCUAUAAGGACCGGGUCACCUUAUGGACGCAGACACUGCCGCGUCUCCUUCAAGCCACACAGAACCAGCAUCACACGACGAAGGACCCAAAGAAUCCGAUUAUUGGGUAGAUGUGCAGCGAAUUAGGACUGCACGGAUAUGACUUUCCGAAUUAAAGAAAUGAUAGUGUU